UACCAGAAGCAGCACUUUUUGAAGAGCGUUCAUGCUUUCUUAGCUUGACACGAGAUCGCCUUGUGGUCAGACCAAUGACCCCAGGGCUUCGACACGCGCUGGAGUGCUAGUGGUUACCGUGAGCAGCUGCACCGAGCAACAUUCCUUCAGCAUGGAGGAUCAGCAGGGAUUCCAUGACGAUCAGAAGGCGCUCGGCCUCGGCGCGGCGCUUUUCAAGCAUGGCUUAGGCUUUGGCGGCUCCUCCUCUUCCUCGGCCGCCGCCUCCCCCGCCGCAGACGGCCGUUCGCCCCCGCAGCAGCAGCACCCGGGCCGCCCCCACAGCACUCCGGCCGGCGGAGGGGCCCCGCACCCCCACCCGGGCCCCUCUCCCUCCCCGGGACCGCCCCCGGGGGCAGCAGCCUACCCGCCGCCCGGCUACCCCCCCAGCUACCCGCCUCCCGCUGCGGGGUACCCCCCUCCCUCGGGCUACCCCCACCCUCACCACCCCCCGGGCGCGCCCCCAUACCCCCCGCAACAGCCAGGCCCCCACCACUACGCUGCCGGAUCGCCCUACCCCGCAGUACCUCCACCUCCAGGGGGGGCGGCUGCGCAUCAUCCACCUCAUCAUGGCCCUCCCCACGCCGGGGGAUACCCAGCACAUGCGCCGCCGCCGCAGCAGCAUGCGCCGUACAAUCCAGCAGCAGCGCCACCGCCGUACGGUGGAGGGCCGCCACAGCAGCAGCAGAGGGGAGGUCCGCCGCCGUCGUCAUCGGGAUAUCCGGGUGGCUACCCUCCCCCUGGCUCCUACCCCCCGGGCUACCAAGCUGCCCCCGGUGCCCCGCCCCCUUACCCCCCCGCACCCUACGCAGCCCCUCCCGGGCCCUACCCGCCCCCCGGGGGCUAUCCAGGCCCCUACCCGCACCACCCCAGCCAGCAGCCUCCGCAGCAGGCGGCAGGAGGGGGGCCCUACCCUCCGGGGCCCUAUGCGGGUCCGCCGCGGCCGCCGGCGGGGGCCCCGCCGCCGCCCCGUCCCCCGCCCGGGGCUCCCCCCCAAUCCCAGCAGGCGGCCAGCGGCGAUGCGGGUCAGGCUGCAACGGCCGCCUCCGCCCCUCCGCACCGGCCUCCGGGAGCUGCUGGUGCUGCUCCUGCAGCCGGACCCUGGCAGCCUCCCCACCCUCACUACCCACAGCAGCACCCACACCAACCUGGCUACCCCCCUCCGCAGUACGGACAUGGAGCGCAUGGGCCGUACCCCCAUGGCCCUCCUCAGCCCCCGCCGUAUGGCAGUCAUCAUGGCCAUGGGCCGUACCCUCAUCAUGCCCACUAUCCUGGUGCGCCGCCGCCGCCGCCGCAGUACGGCAUGCCACCUCAGCAACCGCCGGCGCAGCCCCAUGCAGGGCAUGUUGCGGGUAACGGACGGGACUCAGCAGCGGGGGCGGCAGUGGACGAGGCUGCUGAGGCGGCACGUCGGGAGGCUGCGGCGGCGGCCAGGACUGCUGCGUUGGCGGAGGCUGCGGAGGCGGAGCGGCGGCGGGCGGCGCAUGAGGCGGAGCGGAAGGCCAAGGAGGAGCGCAUGCGGCAGGUGUUGGCCGCCUGGACGGUUCACAAGAGCGGGGAGGACGGCUCCGUCUACUACUACAACACGAUGACCGAGGAGUCCAGCUGGGAGCGCCCCCCCGGCUUCCGCGGGGAGGUGGCUGAUGUGGCGGAGGCGCCCGUGCCCGUGGACACGAAGCAGGUUGGCGACACGGAGUGGCAGGAGGUCAAGUGUGCGGACGGGAGGGUGUACUUCUACCAUCCAGACACGGAGGAGACCUCCUGGGCGGUCCCCGAGCAAGUGGCGGAGUUCCGGCGCAAGCAGCAGGAAGCCGAAGAGGCGCGACGCAAGGAAGAGGAGGAGAAACGUCGCGCGGCUCGAGCGGAGGCGGAGGCCGCAAUCGCCAGGCAGCGCGGCAUGGCU